AUGUCGAACAAAUCCCACCCCGACGCCAACCUGUUCCCGCACGCAACUGGUCUCGCCCAGAAGACCGUUGAAGACCACAAAGCGGAGCAACCUCUGAAGUUAUAUGCCGGAUGGUUCUGCCCAUUCGUUGGUCGUGCUUGGACCGUAUUACAAGAGAAGAACAUCCCAUACCAGUAUAUCGAGGUAAAUCCAUACCACAAGCCAGAAUCACUUCUGAAGCUUAAUCCCCGCGGGUUGGUCCCUACACUCCAGUACGACAACAAGCCUCUAUACGAAAGUACUGUUAUUUGCGAAUUUCUCGAAGAAGCCUACCCAAACCAUGGACCCAAGCUGCUGCCCGAAGACCCCUACGAGCGUGCUCGCACCCGCAUUUGGACAGACUACUGUACAUCACGAAUCAUUCCUGCCUUCCAUCGGUUCCUACAAUUUCAGCCAAUGUCAGACACUCAAGGUCUCGAAGAAGUGAGGCAGGAGUUUCUCGGCCACUUGAAGGAAUUUACAAUAGAGAUGGAUACUGAAGGGCCAUACUUUUCGGGCAAGGAUGUCGGUCUCAUUGACCUGGUCGUUGCGCCAUGGGCAAUUCGUCUCUGGGUCUUCGACCACUACAAGAACGGUCUCAAUAUCCCCAAAGAAGGCGAGGAUAGUGCAGUCUGGUCACGAUUCGACAAGUGGCUCAAAGCGAUUGAAGAACGCCCUUCGGUGCGUGAAACCACAAGCGAAAAGGAGAAAUACCUCAGCAUUUAUCAGAAAUACGCCGAUGAUAAGGCACAGAGUGAGUUGGCAAAGGCUACACGUAAAGGUCGUGGUGUGCCUUGA